UGCCUCCUCCUGAGGCCUGCCCACGCCCUGGAGGCCACGCCCACAUCGACCGGAGACCACGCCCACCAACGACCACGCCCUCCGGAGGACCCGCCCAAACGACCCCUCCCCGGGCCCGCCCCUUGCUCCGGGCCGCGGAGGCUGAGGGGACCGUUGGGCGCGCGGGCGGCGCGGUCUCCGCCGGCGGAGGGAGCGGCCGGGCAUUAUUUCAAGAAAAACUAUGGCAGCAUCAGGCAUUCUGAACUGCGGACCCCUGGAAUAAGAACUAUGCUCCUGGUCUUGGAGGCCCAUUGAGAUGUAUAGAGCAGGCAACGCAGCGGAGCGCCCCCUGCCGGGGACGGCGCCCCCUCGCAUGAGGAGCGUGGAGGUUGCCCGGGGAAGAGCUGGGUACGGCUUCACCCUUUCUGGUCAGGCGCCCUGCGUGCUCAGCUGUGUCAUGAGAGGGAGCCCUGCCGAUUUUGUGGGCCUCCGCGCUGGAGACCAGAUACUUGCUGUCAAUGAAAUCAACGUGAAGAAAGCGUCCCACGAAGACGUGGUGAAAUUAAUCGGGAAGUGCUCUGGGGUCCUGCACAUGGUGGUGGGGGAAAGCCUCAGCCACAUAGAGUCGUGCUCCAGUGACGAGGAAGUGGGGUUCUAUGAAGGAAAAGGCUGGCUGAAGCCCAAACUCGAUUCUAAAGCUUUAGGUAUAAACAGAGCAGAGAGAGUUGUUGAAGAAAUGCAGUCGGGUGGAAUUUUCAAUAUGAUCUUUGAAAACCCUACUCUUCGUGCAAGCAGUUCAGAGCCCUUGAAAUUGAAACAAAGAUCCCUUUCAGAGUCAGCUGCGGCGCGAUUUGACCUUGGACAUGAAAGUAUAAAUAAUCCGCACACCAGCCUGCUCUCCCAGGAGGAAAUCUCCAAAGUUACUAAUGAUGAUUCCGUGUUCAGUAUUGGCCUGGAGAAUCAUGAAGACUUUGGGUUAGAUGCCAGCAUAUUGAACGUUGCCAUGGUCGUCGGCUACUUAGGUUCUAUCGAGCUUCCUUCCACGAGCUGCAACCUGGAGUCCGACAGCUUCCAGGCCAUCCGCGGCUGCCUGCGGCGUCUGCGGGCCGAGCAGAAGAUCCACUCUCUGGUGACGAUGAAGGUCAUGCAUGAUGGCGUGCAGCUGUGCACCGACAAGGCGGCCGUCCUGGCCGAGUACCCCGCCGAGAAGCUGGCGUUCAGCGCCGUGUGCCCAGACGACAGGAGGUUUUUCGGGCUCGUGACCAUGCAGAGCAGCGAUGAUGGCAGCCUGGCGCGGGAGGACGAGGGUGUCUUGCGGACGUCCUGCCACGUGUUUAUGGUGGAUCCCGACUUGUUCAACCACAAGAUCCAUCAGGGCAUCGCUCGCCGCUUCGGGUUCGAGUGCACGGCCGACCCCGACACCAACGGCUGCCUGGAGUUCCCGGCGUCCUCCCUCCCCGUCCUGCAGUUCAUCUCCGUGCUGUACAGAGACAUGGGCGAGCUGAUCGAGGGGGUGCGGGCCCGGGCGUUUGUGGACGGGGACGCGGACGCGCACCAGAACACCAGCACCAGCAGCAACAGCGACAGCGGCAUUGGGAAUUUCAACCAGGAAGACAGAAGCAGCCGGGUGCUGGUGGUCGACCUGGGCGCCAGCUCCAGCAGGCAUGGCCCCGGCAGCAGCACCUGGGAGGGCGGGGGCGGGCGGGGCUCCCAGCCUUGGGGAGCCCCCUGGAAUGGGGCCUUCUGCCACGACCCCGAGCUGGGCGCCCCUUUUGAGGCUGCUCUGCAGGCUGACAGGUGCUGGGACUUCGGGAAGCAUGGAGGGCCCACUUCUCACGUGGAGGUGCCCCCUGCCUCCUUGCGGAGUUCCGUCCCUCCUUCCAAGAGAGGCGCUGCAGGCCCUGGCGGUGGGUUCAGCCAGCGGUGGCUCCCGGUCCACGUCCUGCAGGAGUGGCAAUGCGGUCACGCCAGCGACCAGGAGUCUUACACGGACUCCACCGACGGGUGGUCCAGUGUCAACUGCGGCACGCUGCCCCCACCCAUGAGCAAGAUUCCCGCCGACCGCUACAGGGUGGAGGGCAGCUUGACGCAGCCCCCGCUGAGCUCCCAGAAGAGGGACUGGUCCAGGAAGGCUUUUGGGAUGCAACACAUUUUCAGUCCCCAUCGCAAUAUUAGAAAGACUAAGGAAGACAAAAAGGGCUCAAAACUUGGGCGAGGGCUUGGACUCGCUCAGACCUCUCAGCGCGCCUCUGCUCGGAGAUCGUUCGGGAGAUCCAAGCGAUUCAGUGUCACUCGCUCCCUCGAUGACCUUGAGUCUGCAACUGUAUCUGACGGUGAGCUGAGCGGCGCCGACCGGAAGGACUGUGUGAGCAACCACAGCCUGAGCAGCAAUGCCAGCCUCCCCAGCGUGCAGAGCUGCCGGCGCCUGCGUGACAGGAGGGUCGCCAGCUGGGCCGUGUCCUUCGAGCGUCUCCUACAGGACCCGCUCGGUGUCCGGUACUUCUCUGAUUUUCUCCGGAAGGAAUUCAGUGAAGAAAACAUUUUAUUCUGGCAGGCUUGUGAAUAUUUUAAUCAUGUUCCUGCACACGACAAAAAAGAGCUUUCCUACAGGGCCCGCGAGAUCUUCAGCAAGUUCCUGUGCAGCAAAGCCACCACCCCAGUCAACAUCGACAGCCAGGCCCAGCUGGCGGACGACAUUCUCAGCGCACCUCACCCCGACAUGUUUAAGGAGCAGCAGCUGCAGAUUUUCAAUCUUAUGAAGUUUGACAGCUACACGCGCUUCCUGAAGUCCCAGCUGUACCAGGAGUGCAUCCUGGCGGAGGUGGAGGGCCGCCCCCUGCCCGACCCACAGCAGGUGCCCAGCAGCCCGGCCUCCAAGCACAGUGUCAGCUCGGACCACUCCAACGUGUCCACACCAAAAAAGUUGAGUGGAAAAUCAAAGUCCGGAAGAUCCCUGAAUGAAGAAUUGGGGGACGAGGACAGCGAGAAGAAACGAAAAGGAGCCUUUUUCUCUUGGUCCAGGACCCGGAGCACCGGGCGGUCACAGAAGAAGAAGGACCACGGUGACCAUGCAAACGACGCCCCUCACGCCAAUGGAGGCCUGGGCCGCAGGGAGUCUCAGGGCUCCGUGUCCUCCGCGGGGAGCCUGGACCUGUCUGAGGCCUGCAGGACCUUGGCGCCCGAGAGGGACAAGGCUGCCAAACACUGCUGCAUCCAGCUCCCCGACGGGACAUCCUGCGUGGUGCUCGUCAAGGCGGGGGUGUCCAUCAAGGACGUGUUGUGCGGGCUCUGCGAGCGGCGCGGCAUCAACGGGGCUGCUGUGGACCUCUUCCUGGUGGGCGGGGACAAGCCGCUGGUGCUGCAUCAGGACAGCAGCAUCUUGGCCUCCAGGGACCUGCGCCUAGAAAAGCGAACUUUGUUUCGGCUGGAUCUGGUUCCAAUUAACCGGUCAGUGGGACUCAAGGCCAAGCCCAGCAAGCCCGUCACGGAGGUCCUGCGGCCCGUGGUGGCCAAAUACGGCCUGCACCUGAGUGAGCUGGUGGCCAGGCUGAGUGGAGAGAAAGAGCCCCUAGACCUCGGUGCCCCCAUCUCGAGUCUGGAUGGACAGCGGGUCAUAUUGGAGGAGAAGGAUCCCUCCAGAGGAAAAGAUAAACUGAAAGCCACGCCGGGUAGACAGAGCAUGGCUGUGAGUUCCAGCUCCAGAAGUCUCUCGGCGACGGGAGAGGAGAGAACACUAGGCAAGUCUAAUUCUAUUAAAAUAAAAGGAGAAAAUGGAAAAAAUGCUAGGGAUCCCCGGCUUUCAAAGAGAGAAGAAUCUAUUGCAAAGAUUGGGAAAAAAAAAAAUCAGAAAAUUAAUUUGGACGAAGCAGAGGCGUUUUUUGAGCUCAUUUCCAAAGCUCAGAGCAACAGAGCCGACGACCAGCGUGGGUUAUUAAGGAAGGAGGACCUGGUCCUGCCCGAGUUUCUGCGGUUACCUCCUGGCGCCGCCGCACCCGCCCUGCCCUGCCCGGCUGCGGCCAAAGGCUCCAGCAAGACGUCCGUGAGCAGCAGUGGCAAGGAGGCGCCCUGGCCACGAGACCACCCUGAGAGCCCCGCCACCAGCCCCAGCUCGGCCGACAGCCCACCAUUCUGCUCCCCGACCUCCCCCGGGCCCCAAGUGCAGGAAGCGGAGGCCGGGGGCCUCCAGACUGUGGAGGGAGAGCACGUGGCCGACCUGACGCUCACUGGGGAGGGGGACAUCAGCAGCCCCAACAGCACUUUACUGCCGCCACCCCCCACCCCACAGGACUCGGCCGGACCUCCGAGACCAGGAGGCGGGGCCCGCGGCAGCCGAGGCGUCCCCGCCAGCACCAUCAUCGACGUGGACCGUGUGGCCUGCUCGGCCCCUGGGCUGGGCCGUGGGGCCCCAAGUGGUUGGACAGGCGCCCUGAGGUCACAGGCCAGCAGGCCCCCAGCUUCAGACCACCCUGGCCCGAGCCCUGUGUCAGGAGGCCCCGCCAAGCCCAAGGCCAGCCCGCACCACGCCACCUUUGUCUGAGGCCGUCUACAGCCCUGCCCCUGCCGGCCGACCUCCGACCCCUCCUGACAGAGCCCGGCCAAGCUGCCCAUCUGGACCUGCGUGUGGAGGCCCAGUGACCUUGCGGGGGCCACCGUGCCCAUCUCAAGGGCCUUGGAGGGGCCACUGUAGCCACCACACCCUUGGGAACCAAACCAGGAGAGGGCGGAAGGCCUGGCCUCGGACAUGCGCCACGCUGGCUCAGAGGUUCCUCGGACCCUGCCCCUGCCCCGGCAUCCAGCCUUCCCUCAAUAAAGUGUCUUCGAGGACC